CAGAAUUCCUCGAAACCGAACGAUAGAGAGAAGAAAAGAAAAAGAAAAAACUUAAAGAGAAUUCAAUUUGCCAACUACCAUCCUCCCAAUUGCAUUUCCCCAUUGUCGACCCAUUCUCUCAACAGGAAGCCUUUUACCUGUUUUGAUCAACUGGUGUGAAAAACAAUUCUAGCUAAAUUUGAAACUUUUUGAACAUCCUAGAAAAACGAAUAGCUCUUGACGCUCUGUACAAUAGACUCCAGGUACUUACGAACAUCUGUAUAUAUAGAAACUUGGACAUUUGAGAACUGUUUUUGUUUUUUUUUAGACGCUUUUCUGUUUGAUUCCCUUUUUGUCAAAUCUUAAAAAUCACGAAACAUGCCCAUUUCUAGUCAUUCUCACAGUGGACAAUUUUGUUUACACGCUCAAGGAACCCUAGAACAGGUUAUCCAGGAAGCUAUACGACAGGGAUUCCACACGUUUUCAUUCACUGAGCAUUGUCCUCGAAAGUAUGCUGAGGAUUUAUAUCCAGAAGAAUCUCAUUUAACUCCUCAAGAUUUGUUUAACACAUUUGAUGACUAUGUCCGUACUGCUAAAAGCCUACGAGAAAAAUACGCAGACAAGAUUCAGAUUUUAAUUGGAUCCGAGACAGAAUACAUUCGUCCAGACUCUAUCGAUCUUUUACGGGAUCUUGUUGUCAAGUAUAAUCUGGAUUAUCUAGUAGGCAGCGUGCACCAUGUAAAUACGAUUCCUAUUGAUUUCUCAUCAGAACUUUGGCACAAAGCUCUGGAGCAUGUUGAUGGCGAUUACGAGAAGCUGUUUUUAGACUAUUUCAAUCAUCAGUUUACCCUUUUGACAGCCUUACAGCCCCUAGUCGUCGCUCAUUUUGACUUGAUUUGCUUGUAUGCGAACGAAGAAGCCAUGCAAGUAUUCAUGAGUUCUACCAAGGUUUGGGAAGCCAUUGAACGAAACAUACAGUAUGUAGUUAACUAUGGCGGUGUUUUUGAAAUCAACACGUCUGCUUUCCGAAAAGGAUGGUCAGUCGCUUACCCCAAACCUCAACUGGUUAAAUUGAUGCAAAAACAUAAUGGUCGCUUUACCUUGUCUGAUGAUAGCCAUGGUCCUCACCAGGUAGGUUUAAAUUAUCAUCGAGGCAAAGCGUAUCUAGAAGAUGAAGGCAUUCAUACGCUUGCGGUUCUUUCACGUAGCUCUGAGGGAAUUCGUACUACUUUCCAAAUGAUCCCUGUUUCCCAAAUAUGGUCUACCUUUGUAGGGAAGAAUGGCGUCGCUCUAUAAAUAGGUCUUCAUUUUUACACGCAAACACUUUCUUUUUACUGUCUCAAAAAAAAACCCAGUUUUUUAGAAGAGAAUCCUCUUUCUUUGUCGUUGCAACACAUGUUUCACUUCCUACAGAUAAGAUGGCUUACGCUCUCUACAUUCUUCCAACUUGAAUUUUUAUUUCAUUACGCCGAAUAUUGAUUUCAAUACACAAAUCAUCGAUAAGAAGCAAAACCAAAGAAUCUAAUUAUAUCGACAUUACAACAGACUUAAAAGAUAUCUAUUGUAACAAAGGAAAAACAGGCCCAAAACAGGUUGCAAACAGCUAUGUUCUUUCUCUAGUUAUGGAACUUAUAUUCUCAUAUUUGUGAAUCCCAAAGACUUGAACAGAUCUAGGAAAAGGAAGUCUUUUUUUAGAGGACUGUAAACGUGACCACAAACGAACUUUUAUUAGCAUAUUCACUGCGUCAUGGCCCUAUGUUCGGAAAGGAAACUACAAUACAUCAUGAACGGCUCGUAACGGAUGAAAGGGGAGGACAAGGAAUUAAGGAGCUGUUGGAAAGGAAAUAAAACAAAACGUGAAAGAGGAACCGAAAUAUGCAGCAAAAUCUCGUUACAAGCUAAAUUAGGUUUGCCUAUUAAGAGAACAAAAAUAAGAAUGCCACAAACCACUGAAAUCCGCAAGGAACCGGACAAGAUUAACAAGAAGGAAUAAGAGAGAAACAAAAAAUAUAACACAGCAAAGCCAUACAUCCGGACAAAGAACGAGGGUAACAAGAAAUCACUAGGUAAAAGAAUCAGGCCAUUCAAUUAAUGAUCAAGAUUAGGGGCAAUGCUAGAGUGAAGACCGCUGCGAAUAGCAUUCAUAUUAGGACUCAUAUUUGUACCCAUGUUUGUACCCAUGUUCGCACCCAUAUUUGUACCCAUAUUAGGGGUCAUGUUUGGGGUCAUAUUUGGAUUCAUAUUGACGCUGUGAGGUGGGCCAUAAGGGGAGUGAGUUUCCAUUUUUGCCAAGAUGUCAUUGUGAUCGAGAAGCUGAUGAAUACGCUUGUUAUCGGUGUACAGUUCUUCAACACGAGCGCUGAGUUGCAUGAUUUUUUCUUCAUUGUCAUGGAGAUGUUUCGACAAAAAGUUAACCUUAGCCACUAACAUGUCAACAUUUUGUUGAUCGUCAGUGAGUUUUUUAAGGCGUUCGUUGAUCUCAUCAUUACAAUCACAUUUUCGCUUGCCGACCAAAAACUUUUCACGAUACUGUUGUAAUUCACUUAAUCGGGCCUUCCACUCGUCACACAGUUGGUCAAGUUCAUCUUCUUCAGGAGUAGUUUUCAUGCCGGGUUGACGAUGGGCAAGACGUUGUUCGUAAACACGCAUAAUUGAGAUGAUUUGAUUACGGCAAGCAGAUUCAGUAUGGAUAGCAAGUCCUUCGUUCUCAUAACCGAUGCGGGCAAUCUUAGCAUAGAAUUCGCUAGUCUUGCGAUCCACCAAUUCAUGCUUAUGUUGAACAACCAAGCGCAUCAAUUUAAUCUUUUCUUCCAAAGACAAAUGAGUACGCUGAGCCUUUGCGGGAGAGGAACUAGGAGAGAGAGAAGCAUUUUUUCGUUUAUAACUCUUCAACUCCAUUUUAGGACCUGCUUCCAUACCUGCAAAUAAUGAGGGAUCCGUCUUGGGCAACUGGGGUGAAAUUUGGUGCUUGGGUAGCAAGCGCCAAACUUCGAGAAAUGGGGGAAACCGAAAAAAAAAAGCGGGCGUAGAGACGCGCGCGUAAAUGCUAUAAAUGCGAAAGGGAAAAAGCGACUUGCUGGAAAGAUGGACUACGGCUACAAGAAACGGCGAGUCCAACAGGAAAACCAAUGGAAAAUAUUUCCUACCAACAAGAAUGAUGCUACUGAACCGUAAAGGGAGACAAAGCAAAGGUUCACCUCAAGAACGAAGAUUGAUGAACUUUUAAGCAAUCAAUUAUAUAUAAAAGUCCAACAGCUAAUCAAACAAGGACUGUUGAACGAUUAACCAAAACAAAUCAACAAGCACGGUAAUGCAAUGUAAUCCACAGAUUCAAGAAGGGAACGUUGUAAGAAUACAACGACAAGCAACGAAAGCUUUAUAUUGAAAAACCAAAGGUUUUAUAGCGUUCGCUUCGUAGAGAAAAAAAUAGUGAGACGAAGAAUCUGAAGAGCGU